CUCCUUUCUUUGGCCUCACUCUCUCUCAUUCUCACCAGGGUUUUACUUUUUGCUUAAACCUGCGCCCAUGACCACCAGGGUAGCAGCGGCGGCGCCCCGCGUUUUGCGGCGGUUUUUCUGCACUAACUCCGCCUCUUCCUCUUCUCCCUCUUUCCCCUUCAUUCCUCCGCCGCCUUCGGGCGCCGGCCCCGCCCCCGCCCGCCCCACGGCGGAGCCCAACACAAAUCUCUUCGUCUCUGGACUUAGCAAACGGACUACUACAGAUAGGCUUCGGGAAGAAUUUGCGAAGUUUGGUGAAGUUGUUCACGCGAGGGUGGUAACUGAUAGAGUCUCGGGUUACUCUAAGGGGUUUGGUUUUGUGCAAUAUGCCACAAUAGAAGACGCCGCGAAGGGCAUUGAAGGCAUGGAUGGCAAGUUUUUGGAUGGUUGGGUUAUAUUUGCGGAGUAUGCGAGACCAAGACCCCCACCGGGAAAUGUAAAUAAUGCUCCACAGUAUGGCCGGCAGUGAUUCCUGUUAUUUAUCUGAAACAUUCUUAUGCCUCAUUGAAUUGGUUUUGUCUCAAAUAGCAAUUGCAAAUUAUAAAGUACUAUUUUCAAGGGCAUGAAUGGUCGGGUGUCUUUAAUUACAUAUAAAAGUUCUAGAUUAUUGUAAUGGAAGCAUAACUUAUGACAUUGUUGAUGCUAGAUUUCACUGAUAGCGUUGAAUUUAUGUGGUUAUGGUUACUUCAAAGUAGCUUCAUUUUUGUCCUAGAGUACUGAUGCCGAUGUCUGGAAUCCAUGGGGGUUACUCUGGUCCGGUAUCCCUUAUAUUUGAAACGAGAUAAAAUGAUUAUAGCCUACGAUGUAUGCAAACAUGUAAUCAUUUCUUUUCUGGGAGUUUAUUUGUGUUUGAA